GAAGAAGUCAGCCAGGCUCUGGGGAUGAGGGAGAGCUCACAAGAAAUGAAAGUUUAGAACGUGAAUCGCCAGAUAACAAAGAUGGGAGCAAAUAGCAGCAGCAUCAGUGAGCUUCCAGACAAUGAGUACUUGAAGAAGUUAUCAGGAGCAGAGCCCAUCUCUGAGAAUGACCCCUUCUGGAAUCAGCUGCUGUCCUUCAGCUUCACCGCUCCCACAAACAGUGCUGACCUAAAACUUUUGGAAGAAGCAACCAUCUCAGUCUGCAAAUCUUUAGUUGAGAAGAAUCCUCGAACAGGAAACCUUGGGUCGUUGAUUAAAGUCUUUCUUUCUAGAACCAAAGAAUUAAAAAUAUCAGCAGAAUGUCAAAAUCACCUCUUUAUUUGGCAGGCUCACAAUGCAUUAUUUAUUAUCUGCUGCUUGCUGAAAGUGUUCAUCAGUCGAAUGUCAGAAGAGGAACUGCAACUUCAUUUUACUUACGAGGAUAAGACACCUGGCUCAUAUGGUAGGUAUCUGCUACUGAAAUUGGGUAAUACUGAUGCUAGAUGUGUGUCGUACCCUCCAGGACACCCUAUGAGAUUGAAAGUAUGUAGGCAGUAGUAAAACUGGCUUUCU